CUAAUCCGACCAUGGGAGUAUAUUUGUUAUUGAGUUUCAUAUGUUUAUCAAGUCCAAUGUUCAUUUUAUCUAUUUAGCACGUAGUGAUUGACAUAUUAAUGGAAAUUAACCACAGUAUACAUUUAUUAUUUAUCGAAAUAUGACUGUAAUUGUUGUAAUAAUACGAAAUAGUGUUAAAUAUAUUUUAAUAAUGAAGACAUAUAUUCCACUUUAUUCUUGUUGCCCGUGAGUGUAGUGCAGUGUUUAAGUUAAAUAUUAUUUAGUAAUACAUUUAUUCCGUUUUAUUCUUGGUAUCCCGUGAUUGUAGUGAUAAGUUAAUUAUAUAAUAUAGCAUUUUAUUUUGACAAAAUGCUGCAAGAAACAUGUGAUAAAUCGAAUGAUUUGAAAAUGAAUGUCUCCAGUGGAUGGUCAACAGUAAAAAUACUAGAAAAAUUAAAAUUCUGCAAUAGUGGUAUUAUUAAAAUUGGUACUUUAGAACGUGACCGUUCGUUUUCCAAAGAACAAGAGCUCAAUGAAACUAAUUCAGUACCUCCGGGAUUUAUUAUAUUAGUAAUUUUAAUUGCCAUUAGUGGAAUAUUGACGAUUGUUAUGUGGUUCACAGGAUUUUAUAUGUUCCAAAUUUUACAAUUCGUAACCAUAACUGAAGGCAGUUCUUCUUAUAAUAUGUGGCAAAAUCCACCCGUGAAGCCAUACGUAUCUAUUUAUCCGUUUAACUACACUAAUAUAGAAGACGUCUUAAACCAUGGUCAUACACCGAUUGUUGAAGAGCUUGGGCCUUUUGUUUAUAAAGAAACCGUUGAACGAUUUAAUAUUAAAUUUAAUGAAAAUGGUACAGUUACUUAUCAAGAAAAGCGAAGUAAUGAAUUUGUACCUGAAAUGUCUAAAGGUGAUCCUAAACAUUUAACCAUUACUGUCCUGAACUUACCGCUGAUAACUUUAAUAUCAAGAUUUCCAGAGAUGUUUUUCCUAUUUCAAGAACUUAUAUCUCUACCUUUUGAUAUGUUUAAUUUUAAUGUUAAACCUUUUCUUAAUUUAAAAGUUGAUGACUAUUUUUGGGGUUAUGAAGAUAGUAUAUAUACUAUGGUUAAAGGCCUAGCUUCAACUGUACAUAAAAAUGCACAUUUAUCUAAAUUUGGUAUAAUUACUUCACGUCGAGGUGAGUCAUUAGAUAAGAUAACGAUUCACAGUGGAGUUGGAAAUUUAAAUGAACUAGGUAUUAUAACUCGUUAUAAUGGAAAAGAAAAACUGGACGUUUGGAAAACGGAAGAAUGCAAUCGUUUAGAUGGUAGUGAUGGAUCCCAGUUCCCACCAACUACAUUAAGUCGUAAAUCAAAACUUUAUGUAUUUCAUAAUGAUCUAUGUCGUCGAUUUCCAUUAGUUUAUAAAGAAGAUAUUGAAGUUGUACAAGGAGUGACCGCAUUUCGUUUUCAAGCACCUAGGAACGUUUUUGAUACACCCAUUACGAAUCCAGAUAAUGAUUGUUAUUAUAAUUCAGAAGAGCGUCCGCCUUCUGGUGUUUUUAAUUCUUCAGCAUGUAGUAAAGCUCCAGUCAUGAUGUCGUUUCCACAUUUUUAUCUUGGUGACCCAGAUUUGAGAAAAGACGUUCUUGGGCUGUCACCAGAUCCUGAGUUACAUGAAACCUUUGUAGAUGUUCAUUCUAAAUUAGGAGUCUCAUUAGGAGGUCGGUCCCGAUUUCAAAUAAAUAUAAUACUUAAAGGUGCCAAUCGUAUAUCACAUUUCAAAAAUUUUAAAGACGGAAUAAUACUACCUGUAGCAUGGAUUGAAGUAAAAGUUGAUAAACUUCCCGACGAUAUAAAGCGAUCCCUUCAACAAACAUCAAUUGGUAUCUAUCUGGGAGAGUUAUUAUUGAAAUGGUUAUCAUUAAUAACGCUAACAUCAUCCAUGGUAUUUUUGGUUCGAAAAAUAAUUUUAAAAGAUUGUUUUAUGUCCAAUGAAAAACUAAUUUUGCCCAUAAAUAAAUAAUGAUAG